UUCUCAAUUAUCAAGAAUUUUAUUAAAACUUAUAACUAGACAUCAUGAAGGUGAUAGCAGCUUAUUUGUUGGCUCAAUUAGGUGGCAACUCUAAUCCAUCUUCUAAUGAUUUGAAAAAAAUCUUGAAUUCUGUUGGUGCUGAAAUUGAUGAUGUGAAAAUUGAACUAUUAUUAUCACAAGUUGAAGGCAAAGAUAUUAAUGAGUUAAUUGCUGCUGGUAAACAAAGAUUGGCUUCUACUACUUGUAUGUCUUUUGGAUGUACAAAUAAUAAUAAUAAUAAUAAUAAUGCCAGUGUUGGUGGACAGGUUGUUGAUGUUGUUGAAGAGAAAAAAGAGGAAAAGAAAGUUGAGAAAGUGGAAGAGUCUGAUGAAGAAGAUUUUAAUUUUAGUCUUUUUGAUUAG